UACUCUGUUAUAUUCUCCUAAUCAUUCCAAUAUCGGGCAUUCUCUAACCAAAACAAGUCAAAUCCGCCAAAGGGUUUUCAUUCUAACCUAACUUUUUCAUCUGAACAAAUUUAUCCACUUAAUUAUUCCGCAUAGUUAAAAAUCCGCAAAAAAAACAAUGUCCAAGCCCAUAACCUUUGUAACGGGUAACGCUAAGAAACUCGAAGAAGUGAUUGCAAUUUUGGGAUCAUCAUUUCCCCGUCAACUUAUAGCUAAGAAGAUUGAUCUGCCGGAGCUACAGGGUGACAUUGAUGAAAUAGCCCGGAAAAAGUGCCAAGAAGCAAGUCGGCAAGUCCAAGGACCCGUUCUAGUGGAAGAUACCGCACUAUGUUUCAACGCCAUGAAGGGUCUCCCCGGACCCUAUAUCAAAUGGUUCUUGGAUAAACUUGGACCAGAUGGCUUGUGGCAGAUGCUCGAAGGAUUCAGAGAUUAUUCUGCACAAGCUGUUUGUACAUUUGCAUUCACUGAGGGCGAGAAUCAGGAAGUUGUUCUGUUUCACGGAAGGACAGACGGAGACAUUGUUAGUCCGCGUGGACCACGAGAUUUCGGAUGGGAUCCCUGUUUCCAACCAACAGGAUACACCCAAACCUAUGCCGAAAUGCCCAAAGAGGAGAAAAAUAAAAUAUCUCAUCGCUACCGUUCAGUAGAUCUCUUCAGGGAAUACAUUCUAGCUCAAAAUAAAUGAUCGAACACAGAGGCUGAACUUGACAAAGCAGGAAUUAAAAAACUGUAUUAAACUUAAUAAAUGAAUAUGAAAAGAAA